AUGAUGUCAAGACAGGCCUUUCUCUGCAGUUUGGGAUCUCUGUAUUUGUCCCUUCUGUUUGUAUUUCUUCUAAUGGAUGUUUAUGCAAGGCCUGCAAAUAACUCGGCUCUCAAAGAAAAGCCAGCUGACAGUAAAGAUGAGAAUGAGAUCUUGCCCCCAGAUCACUUGAAUGGGGUCAAAAUGGAGAUGGAUGGACACCUUAACAAAGAAUUUCAUCAAGAAGUUUUUCUAGGAAAAGAGAUGGAAGAAUUUGAGGAAGAUUCAGAACCCAGAAAAAAUAGGAAGAAGCUCAUGGUCAUCUUUUCAAAGGUGGAUAUAAAUAAUGAUAAAAAGAUAGGUGCAAAAGAGAUGCAGCGCUGGAUCAUGGAAAAGACAGAUGAACAUUUCCAGGAAGCUGUGGAAGAAAAUAAAAUGCAUUUCCGAGCUGUGGACCCUGAUGGUGAUGGCCAUGUGUCCUGGGAUGAAUAUAAAAUUAAAUUUUUGGCAAGUAAGGGCUUUAAUGAAAAAGAGAUUGCAGAGAAGAUCAGAAACAAUGAAGAGUUGAAAAUAGAUGAAGAAACACAGGAAGUUUUAGAUAACCUGAAGGAUCGGUGGUACCAAGCUGACAACCCACCUCCUGAUCUGUUGUUGAAUGAAGAAGAAUUCUUGUCCUUUCUUCAUCCGGAGCAUAGUAGGGGAAUGCUGAAGUUCAUGGUGAAAGAAAUCAUCCGAGAUUUGGAUCAAGAUGGAGAUAAGAAACUUACCCUUUCAGAGUUUAUUUCAUUACCUGUUGGUACUGUCGAGAACCAGCAAGCUCAAGAUAUUGAUGAUGACUGGGUAAAAGACAGAAGGAAGGAGUUUGAGGAGGUCAUUGAUGCUAACCAUGAUGGUAUUGUCACAAUGGAAGAGCUGGAGGAAUAUAUGGAUCCUAUGAAUGAAUACAAUGCCCUAAAUGAAGCAAAGCAAAUGAUAGCAGUAGCAGAUGAAAAUCAAAACCAUCACUUAGAGCUGGAGGAGAUCCUGAAAUAUAGUGAAUACUUCACAGGCAGCAAGCUUAUGGACUAUGCACGUAAUGUCCAUGAGGAGUUCUGA